GGCGUGCUCCGCGCCGCGCUCGGGCCUGUGGCGGGGGCGCGCCCGCCGCCAUCUCGUGCCCGCGGCCUGGACAUGGAUGCAGAUGAUACAGGAAAUCGACUUCGAUUCCAGCUGGAGUUGGAGUUUGUUCAAUGUCUGGCAAAUCCAAAUUACCUCAACUUUCUUGCACAAAGAGGCUACUUCAAAGACAAAGCUUUUGUAAAUUAUCUUAAAUAUUUACUUUAUUGGAAAGAACCUGAAUAUGCAAAAUACCUGAAGUAUCCUCAGUGUUUGCAUAUGUUAGAGCUGCUCCAGUAUGAACAUUUCCGCAAAGAACUGGUCAAUGCUCAGUGUGCCAAAUUUAUUGAUGAGCAACAGAUCCUCCACUGGCAGCACUAUUCCCGGAAAAGGAUGCGCCUCCAGCAGGCACUGGCUGAGCAGCAGCAGCAAAAUAACACCUCUGUAAAAUGAAAAGCACGUGGGGUAAUCAUGAUAAGGUGUACUUUGUGUCAGUGAACUAUUUACAGGAGAGGAAUGAACCCUUGUGUAGGUUUGGCUCUGGAUGUGUGUCCCUUUAAUUUGGAUUUAUCAAAUGACUGGGGUUGUUUUUGUUUCGUCAGCGCCUUUAGAGACUAAUAAACACCUAAUGCAAUUUA